AUGAACGUCACGGCCCAAUACCCGUCGGCGGCGCUGAACUCGCCCAGGGCCCGCCCGCACCAGGCGCCCCGCGAUUUUGACGACGCGCUGCUGUCAGGCAAACCGCACUCGGCCCGUUUUGACAGCCACGAUGACUUCUAUGCUUUCCUGGACAGCAACAGGAUCCCCGGCAACAAUGCCAAUGGCAACGACAAUGCCAAUGGCAACGCCAAUGCCGGCGCGGCCAUGCGCGUGCCAGUCCCUUCACAUGGACAACAGCAGCAGCAGCAGCAGCGCCGCGGUGCGGUCGGGCAGCACAGUCCGACAACAGACCAGAGCCGGCCUCCCGUGACCAACACGUUCCCUGCACAGAGAUCCAGCAGUGGCAGGUCGAGGCCUCCGUCUUACUCGGGCAGCAAGUCUGAGGAGUUGCUCGUGGGCAAGGGAGGCGACAAUUACCACAAGGUCCAGCGCCAGAACGGCCGGCGCAGCGGCGCCCCCUCGGGCGCCAGACCGCCCACGUCAGGGGGCCCGGCGGACAACUCGCCGCCGCGGACGUCAGCAGGCGGGUCGCCGGGGCGGCACCACGACAACUCGGGGCGGCCCACGUCGUCGGACUCGCAGUCGACGACGGCGGCGGUGGGGAUCCAGCGGCUGAAGAGCCCCAGCAUCAUGACCAGCGUGCUGAAGCCGCUGGACCAGAAGGUGCACGAGUACGACGGCAUGAUGGCCCAGGAGCAGGACGAGAUGGCGCGGCUGGACGCCGAGAUCCGCUCGCUGCAGGACCGCCGCGCCCAGGCCGAGACCCGCUUCCUCGAGGCGAAGGCCAAGCACGACGACUACGAGCGCCAGUACCAGGACGUGGAGCGCGCGAUGCGCGGCGAGCUGCCGAUCCCGCGCGAGCCCCAGAGACUCAACGGCGGGCCGCCGCAGCACCAGCACCAGCAGCAACACCAGCACCAGCAGCGCGCCAUGAGCAUGCGGGACGACGAGGAUGACUACGAAGAUGACGAGGAUGAGUUCCGGCCUCCGGCCCACCGGCGUGUGCAGUCGCAGCAGUCGUUCGGCAGGUCGUCGCAGCAGAAGAUGGGGAUCAAGGACCGCUUCCGAAACAGCUUCUUUGGGGGUCGUUGA